UUCAUUUAUUAUGGCGUUAUUUAUAAAAAAAUUUUAUUUGUUAAUUAAAUUUUACUUUAUAACUGAAAAUAAUCGAAUAAAAACUUACAAGAUUAAUUUUUAUUAUCGAUAUAUAAUUUUCUAAAUAGUCGAUACAUAAGCUUGAAGUUAUUUUAUAUAAAAAAAUUUUUCAUCAAUAAACAGGAGUGCCGAAAGUAUGGAAUUUAUUUGUUUUUCUGUAUAUACAUAUGUAUGACUGACUAUAAAUUUUUUUUUUUUAUCCUCCACAACAAAGUUAAUUUAAAAAUCAUAGCUUGGUAGCUUGACCAGACCAAGUCUUUAUCAGUCUUUAUGACCACGACAAAAACAAAAGUCACGAAAUGAGAAUGUUUCUGAACGGACUCCAAGGGUGAAUAUUUAAAUAGCAUGAGACAUGUACUUGCCUUGAACGAUUUCCGAGCGUGUUUUCUUUACAUAAUCGUUGUCAUGGUUACUAGUUCUUGACAUUUAUUAUUAUUUAUAUAAAAAUAUACCUAUUCUUCAUUAUAUUAUUCUUCCAAUUUAAAUUUAUUCUUGAUAUUUGUCAAAUAAUUAUAUCAUUUUGGAAUAAUCAUGUUUAGUCGAAGUCAGUCAGUUGAAAAGUAUCACAAUAAUAGUGAAGAAGAAAUUCGAAAUGAAGAUGAUAAUUACUCAUAUAGUGACGAGUCAAUCUGGAACGAUGACUUUGAUGAACAAUCAGCGAUGACAAAUAUUACAGCGAGAUCAUCACUGAUCACUGAUGUAACUUCCUCUUUUGUCUCUGAUCAAUCAACGAAAAUACCGGAAAGACCAGUAAGAUGUUUUUUGUCCCCUGUAUCUCGAGAUAGCUCUAGUUGUAAUCAACGUCGAAAAAAUAUGAGCUUUACAAACACAGAAACUAUGAGAAUUGAAAGGGACAAUCAAUUACUUUUGAGAAAAAUAAUGGAACAGCAAAAAAAUUCUAAAUGUGUGUUAAGUCAAACGAAUCUUAGACCCAGUAGUUCGGGAAUUAAUAGAAGUAGGCUGCAGAAAAAAAUUGAAGAAGACAAUUUGGAUCUGCUGAGGAGAAUUCAAAAUGUUAAAUCUAGUUCACUGUCAGGAAAAAAAAAAAAAAGAUCUGUUGGACAAAUGUUAAAUGUAUAAAAACAAUAAAUCUGAUAAAAAUAUUGACAAAAAAAUUCACUUGGCGUUUUAAAAUCAAUAAAUAAUUUAUUUAUUUAUCAGCUUUUGGGUUUUAUUUUAACACAAGAAAUAACAGUCUUACACAGUAGGUACAUAACUACGAGUAAUCAAGAUCAAUAGUUUCGGGUGGAUAACUUGUUCACAUUUUAUUUUUGUGUUAUUUCAAACAAUGCAUCAGUAGCAGUUAAAAUUGUUUGCACAUUUUAAAUUCCAAUUUAUUACAAUUUCUUUAUAGGCUGUACUUUUAAAUUAAUAAAAC